AUGCCGAUUGAUGAGUCCAUAUCUGCAGCCCAGGGUUGGAGACUUUUGCGCGGGUGCGUUGCUCAACCUGCCGGUGUGACGCGCGCCCGGGUUGUGGGUGGUGGCAUGAUCCAGUGGCGACACUCAACACUCAAGAAAGAAGAGAAGCACCCGGACUUUUCCAGCGAUGGUGGGGUGAUCCUGCACUGGCAGUUUCAACACAAUGGCCCCAUGAUCUGCAAGUAUUUCGAUCUAUGA